GUGGUCCCCUCUACAUCCCCACCACCCCUCCACAUGACUAUGAAGUUUUAACCGGGUAUACAGGUUUUUUAUAGAUGUUGACUAGAACUAGUUUGUAAUUAUAUUUCAACAAUUUUAAUACGGUAACUUUUCUCCUCCAUUCCAAAAAACAACAUGGCACAGAAAUUGAUCGAGAUUAAAAAGAAAUUGGAAGUAUCAUUGUAUGAUAAUUCUAAACCAUGGACUCCGAUUCUAGCAAUCGCUGAACAGAAAACAGGCAUAGAGAGGUUAUAUCUUGCUUUAGGAGCUGCUGUACUCGUUGGCCUGUGGCUGGUGUUUGGUUAUUUUGCCCAAUUAGUCUGUAACACUUUGGGUUUCCUGUAUCCUGCUUACGUAUCGAUAAAAGCCAUUGAAUCGAAGUCCAAAGACGACGAUACCAAAUGGUUAACGUAUUGGGUAGUUUUUUCUUUAUUUUCAGUAACGGAAUAUUUUGUGGAUAUUAUUGUUAGAUGGUUCCCACUGUACUGGCUAGUUAAGUGCAUUUUUAUGGUAUGGCUUAUGUUCCCCGGAGACCUUAAUGGAUCUAUUAUACUCUACCGAAGAAUUAUUAAGCCUUACUUCCUAAAGCAUGAGGGUAAUAUAGAUGGCGCAAUAAACAAGGUGAAAGAUUCAGCAACUAAAAUCCUUGAUAAGGCAGAAUGAAGAAUGUCGGUAGAAAGGCAUCAAUAUUGCAGUUAAUCCUCAAGAAAAAAAUCUUUUAUUUACAAUAUUUGUAUCGAUAUUUAGUAUAUAUUACGACUUUUAUUUAUGUAAGUCGAAUAUUUUUUGUGAUUGUAUAUAAAUCUGAUAUAUUAUGUCAAGUUUAAAAUUUUCGGAUUGAGCUUACUUUUUUUGGAUUUUUGUGAAAUUUUGUCGGCGAGUUUAAGCACUUAUUUUACACUGUUAUUAUUAUACAUAUUGGAGUAACAUUUUAAGGUAGAACCUGUUUUAGGCUUUGAGCACCCAAUAAAUCUUGUUCAUUAA